AUGCCGGGCUCUCAGGAGGCGAGUCUGGAUGAGGAUGCAGUGUUCCUGCCGGUAAAGCCGUCUUCGCCGGAGUUCCUCUACUCAGAGCUAGAGCGACAUUCCAUGGAGAAACUCCUGUGUGAAGGUCCCAGAGCUUUCUACAACUCUGUCGGCGCAGAGCUCUCUGGCUCCUUUCUGUCUCCCGAUGAGGUUAGCGAAAUAACCAGCUGGGUUCAGGACUUUCACUUUACCCCACUGCAAAAAGAGGAGAAUGGAGGGAACGUCAACCCAGAUGAAGCGGACCUCACCUCCUCCUACUUCCCGUCCUACUCAGAUGUGCCCGCUCCAGGUUUGGUGUUGGGCUGGCCUGAGGCGCCUUGGGUGCGCAUGGAAAACGUUGCAGUCUACACAAAUCCCCCCGCCGAGGGAGAACCUUCUAUCAGAGAGGUCAUCCGACGACAUCUGCAGAAGGCCAGCCAAGUACUUGCCAUUGUGACUGACCGACUGACAGACAGCACUAUCAUUGGGGAUUUACAUGACGCAGCCUCCAGGGGUGUCCCGGUUUACAUUAUCCUCAACCAACGAACUGUUGAGGAGAAGUACACACUCCACAGGCUGGGACAUCCGAACAUUCAGGUUCGUAUACUUGGAGGUAAAAGCUUCUGUUCAAGCAAGGGAAAGAUGAUGGCUGGGGAGUUGAAAGACAAAUUCAUUCUGGUGGAUUUGGUGACAGUAAUUCAUGGUAGCUACAGCCUCGCAUGGACUGAUGCUCACUUACACCGACAUCUCAUCACUGUUGUCAAUGGCUCAGCUGUGGACAGCUUCGACAAAGAGUUUCGGACCCUGUUUGCGGCGUCUGCCCAGGUUCCCAACUUGUUGCAGUAUGCUGUUCCCCACGUGGAAAUGACUGAGCAACAAAACGACUUCAAAGACCCUAGCCCUCCAAGACACUUCCACGUAACUCAAGAGAUCUUCAACCCUCCUUCGCCACCGAUGGACACCCAUCUGGACUGGGAGGCCAUGGGUGUUAUUACCAGAGAAAGCUUCCCGGAUAGUCUUUUUGAAGACACAGAAAUUGAGGAAAAGGAAACACCCUUGCAUACUGAUGUGAAGUUUGAUAAAAACACACUCGUUUUGGAUACUUAUAGUCAAAAUGGAUUUCACCCUAUGACCAUGAGAAGGGUGUGGGACAGCUCUCCAAUGAUAAACAGUAUGCCAGACAAUGCAAACAUUUCCAAUUGGUCAGAACAUCAGACAGAACAAGCUGCUUUCCGACAGUUCUCUACAGAAGACAGAGCAAUGUCAGCGUGGCGCGACAACAGAGACAGAGACUUGGGGCAAAACGAGUUUUUAUUUUCCUCGAUGAGGGAAAGGCGCAGUGCAAGGCCCGAUCCCAAUGUGAAAGAGGAGAGCGGCUUCGACGACAUCAGCCCUGGCAUAGAAAACAUAGCCGCCUCAAGAAAGCCCUUAAUCCUGAGGGUGCCGCAAUCCGAGAGCUUCCACUCCCUGAAUGACCUCAUAAAGAGGUUUAAACCUCAGAAUAACAGAGCAGAACUAUUUAGGAAAGGCUCAAGUACCAAUAUGUCCAAGAUGACCCAGUCCAUGGUGGACCUCCACACGGAUACACCCGGCGCUGACCCAACUCCAGAUGAGCAAAGAUUCUCUGUACCGAAGCUCAAUUCCAAAUAUCAUGACCCAGACCAGAUGACACCAGGCUUAAUCCUGAUGAAAAGGAGGAACGAUGUGAUCAAGUCAGCCCUGCAAAGAAUUCCACAGGCUUCUAAACCUAGACCUCGGAGCUUCGCCCUGGAUUUGAGUUGGAGGCCUCUAAGGGAAAGAAAAGGGGAAGAGGAAUGAGCUGGCGUAUCAUAUAACAAAGCUCUAUCUGUCUUGAAAGGAACUGUAAAACCUCUGUUACCUCUGUAGUAUUAAACACCCGAACAAGAAAAAACUUAACGGUACUCAAAUCAAGAAGUGUCUUGACUUUAUUUUUGUGGACCCGUGUUUAGCAUGUCUCCCUCACUGUUGUGGCAUUUGGGCUUGGAAUCUCAGCUUCAGCCUUCACGUUGGAGUUCUCAUGUUGUCCUGGUAGUCUAGCCUCCUGCCGCAUCCCAAAAGCAUACAUGUUAGGUUAAUUGAAGACUCCAAAUUGUGCACAGGUGUGAACGUGAGGGUGACAGCUUGUUUGUCUAAAAUAGCCUUGUGAUUGACUGCCCAACCAGUUCAGGGUGACCCUGCUUGCCCCACCCCAAAUCAGCUAGGAUAGUCUGCAGCUCACCUGUAACUCUAAUGAGGACAAUUGUCCCCAUUGUGGGACAAAUAAAGGAUAUCUUAUCUUAUCUUAUCUUAUUUUUCUUGUAUUACCUGUAACAUGUCAAAUGAUGUGAUUCUGUUUUUUUUUUUAAUAUGCUGGCAUGCGAUGAUUUUAACUACGUGAUAACUGCGAGGCCUCUCUGUGUAAAUGUGAUUGAAUUAAUGUGCCCUUUACGAUAGAAAAUGGGUCAGUGGAUUGCAAUUUAUAGCAGUAGUGCGUAUUUGUGGUUAGCAUGUCUGACUCACCGGCAAGAGGUUAAACCCUCAGCUUUCAUUUUAUCUAAGUACUAUGGCUUCCUCCCACGUUCCACAAACAUGAGUCUUAGGUUAAUUGAAGAAUGCAAAGUGUCCAUAAGCAUGAAUGUGAGUGUGAGAGAUUGUCUUUCGGUGUGUGCUGUAUGCAAAUUGAUGGUGAGGAAUCCAAAGGAUACAUUCCUUCUCUUGCCCAAAUGUUGGUCCAAAAAUGAUGGAUGCAUAGGAGGAAAACAUGCAAACUCCACACAAGAAGGCGGGAGAUAAGAUUUGAACCAAGAACUUCAGAGAUGUGAGGUUGACAUGUUCAUGACACCUUCACUGUGCUUCGUACUUUGAAAAUAUUUCUAACAUACGUGUACACUUCAUGCUUCCCACAAAUGACAUAAGUACACUUCAGUCUUGAGUUGACAAUCGUGUCUGAUGUGAAGCAGUGCUUUUUAAUAUUAGCCAUGAUUAUCUGAAAUGUAUGCAGCACCAGAGACCAUAGAUGUGAAUCGGGAUUUUCCUCAUUUGUUUAAACUUUUAAAUAAGCUUCUCCCCUUUUCUCAAAGCAUAUGUAAAAACAUAUUUACGUAAAUGUAACAUCACUUCGGGGUUCCUUGUACAGUAUUCCCACUAUAAAUAUCCUCACUUAUUGUCGUUCCGUGAGCUCAUUACUGUACUGAAUUACUUAAAUUAAUAAAAGAAUCAACGAAACACUCCCUUGUCGUACAA